AUGUCGGACAAUACGUUCUCAUUGUCGGAUAUACAAACCCAUCGAGUUGAAGGCGAUUGCUGGAUCGCAAUCCACGGGAAUGUUUACGAUGUUAGUAGGUUCUUAAACAGCCAUCCUGGAGGGAAGGCAAUAAUUCUCCGACAUGCUGGCACUGAUGCGACCCGUGCUUUUCAAGACGUUCAUCCAGCUGAGCUUCUUGAUGAGUAUUUGACUUCUGAUCAAGUAUUGGGUCAAUUCGAGCCCACUUCUGAAGAUCUCAAGAACGAUGGACAGCCUGAGCAUAUACCCAGUCCUCCAUUGAAUACGAUCUUGAGUAUUGCGGAGAUGGAAAGACUAGCUUUAAAGCGUCUUACUCCUAAAGCACUUGCAUACUACGCGUCCGGUACAGAUGAUGAGAUCACAAAACACGCAAAUGGAGCCAUCUUCAAGUCUAUUCUCCUUCGACCGAGGGUCUUUCUUGAUUGCACCCACUGCUCACUGUCAACCACUAUUCUCGGAAACCAGGUCGGACUGCCAAUAUUCAUUGCUCCGGCAGCGAUGGCGAAGUUGGCACACCCAUCAGGCGAGAUGGGUAUUGCUGCAGCUUGCUCCCGUCUCAAUGCUCUCCAGAUAAUAAGCAAGAAUGCAUCUGUAUCUGUGGCCGAUAUUGUGCGCGCAGGCCCGAAUGCGGUGUUUGCCUGGCAGCUUUAUGUUCUCAAGGAUAUCAAAGCCACAGAGCGGACCUUGGCGCAGAUAAAGGGGAUUCCACAAAUAAAAUUCAUCGUCUUGACUCUUGAUGCUCCAUUUCCGGGCAAGCGCGAGGCCGAUGAGCGUUAUAAGGCCGAGGAAGUCGCCGGGGGAGGGCCUUCGCAAGUAUGGGGGACAGAAUCCGCCCUCACCUGGCGCAAAACUCUGAGAUGGCUUUCUGCUCAUACCGACCUUCCGAUUGUCCUUAAGGGUAUCCAGACCCAUGAGGAUGCGUAUGGGGCAACGAUGUUCUCGGCUGUUAAGGGUAUCAUUAUCUCCAAUCACGGUGGAAGGGCAUUGGAUACGGCCAACACACCGAUGCAAGUUCUGUUGGAAAUCAGAAAAUUUUGCCCUCAGGUCUUUGAUCAGCUCGAGGUUUUCAUUGACGGAGGCAUUAAGAGGGGAACAGAUGUUGUGAAGGCGCUAGCUUUGGGUGCAAAUGGCGUUGGGCUUGGCCGGGCUGCACUCUACGGCCUAGCUGUGGGUGGAGAGGAAGGCGUUUACAGAUCUCUACAGAUUCUCUCAGACGAGGCAGCCACAGCUAUGAGACUCCUCGGUGUCAGCUGUGUGAGCGAUCUCCAGCCACAACAUGUCAACACUUCGAUGUUGAACGCUCAGCUUUAUGACGGACCCACCGGCUUAGACCUGGUGGAAAAUAGCCUAAUGGCCAAAUUAUAG